UAGAAAGCUCCAGAGAUAGAAAUUGAGAAGCAAGGCAGCUGCUUCUUCUCUCUCUCUCUCUCAGCUAACCAUGUCUGUCGCUCAAGCUUCUUCCUCUCUCUAUACUUCCAUCCAUGGAAUUUUCGCGCCGAGGUCAGCAAAAAUCCCUGCUUCUAUCACUCGGCGUACCGUGGUGAACGUGGCUCGAAUGGGGAAUUCUUUCACCACUGGUUCUCCGCUCUGUAAGCUUUCAUACUCUAUGUUUUCCACCGAAAUGUCCCUGUCUUACGCUCCUUUUGUUUUGGUUCGAUGGUCGGGCCAGCUUACGUACACCUCAACUAGUUCCGGUCCGGUUAAAGAUAGGUUAUCCAUGCCGAGACUAGAGAAGUCACAAGAAAUUACUUUCUUGGGCAAGACCCCAAGAAUCGAACCUAAUCAAUUAUGUGAGAAGCGAAACCACCAACCAACCGGAACAAUCCUUCGGCUUGUCUUCACUCAACUGUCAAAACAAAUUUGCUCAUGA